AUGGGUCCUGAUCAACAUGCUCAAUUGGAUGGCUUCGGGCUGGUCCUCCCUUUCCCCAUCCGGAUAGCUGCCAUGCUGGUGGCCGGUUUCUGGGGAUGGGCCAUCAACCUCCACUACCUCGAAAAGGCCAACAUUGACGUCCCUGCUCUUGUCCGAUACCCCUCCCGCACAUCCUCCGCCCAACGAUCACACCAUGUCGCCGCCUACCGCUUGGCCACCUUCUUCACCAUUCCCCUGGUUAUCUGGCUGAUCGUCUUCUGGAUCGCCACGCACCGCGUCCCGGAGCUGGUCGAACGCCUUGACUACAUCCCGCAGUCCGUCUUCAUUAUCCUCCUCCUGAUCCUCAUCUGGCCAUUCAAUCGACUCUCCCGAUCCGGCCGCAUUCGCUUCCUCCUCACCCUGAAACGGGUCGCUAUUGGAGGUCUCGCGGAGACCCAGGAUGGGAAGUUUGGCGACAUUCUCCUAGCAGAUGCCCUGACGAGCUAUGCUCGCGUUCUUGGAGAUCUGUACGUCACGUUUUGCAUGUUCUUCACGGAAGGUCUGGCCGCGACUUCGAAACCCAACCGCGCCUGCGGCAAGGACUUUGUCGUGCCAAUCAUUCUGGCUGUCCCAAGUGCCAUUCGACUUCGCCAAUGUUUGACCGAAUACAUUCGCGCGCAUAAGACAGUCUCGCGCCGGGAACCCAAUAAGGCCAACCAACACUUGGCCAACGCCCUGAAGUAUUCGACUGCUUUCCCCGUCAUUUGGCUGGCCGCCAAGCUCCGCAACUACAAUCCUCUGGACUUCCACGGGUAUAGCGAGAUCACGAUCAUGCGUCUUCUUUUCAUUGCUUCCUUUAUCAACUCCGGCUAUUGCUUCUGGUGGGAUGUUGUGAAGGAUUGGGAUCUGACCCUGUUCUCCCCGAACGCCGUGAUCGUGAUCAUCCACCUUGCUCUUCGAUUCUCAUGGCUGUGGCGUGUGCUCCCGGGUCUCUCAUGGCUUCCCGAAACCGAAAGUGGACUUUUCAUCCUCAUGUUCCUCGAAGUAGCUCGGCGAUGGAUGUGGGUGUUCUUCCGGGCAGAGGCCGAAUGGAUCCGGAAUACCCACGGGCCUGGUCCAGACGAUGUCUUACUUGGCGAAUUCAACCACAAGUUCGACGCGGAUUGA